AUGUCUCUACAGUAUCAUCCCGAAUUCCUCAAAGAGGCCGGCCCAGUGUUGCAACAAUUAGCACAAGCCCCCAAACCACCGCUCCAUGAUGUUACAACCCGACGAGCCCUAUUGGCAGCAAUGACAAGCGAGCUGCCUCCACUGCCAGAAGACGUGGAGAGACUAGUUCAUCACGUUGCAACAUCCGAUGGUCACCAAGUGAUGGUAUAUCAUUUCCGCAAGCGCAGUGCUGCUCGUGACGACGAAAAGCCAGCCAUCGUGCACAUCCACGGUGGAGGAUACAUCUCCUUGACGGCCGAACAGUGCUCAGUCCCACAUAUUGCCUCCGUCGCACGCACAGGAGUCCAGAUCUUGACGAUCGAUUACCGACUAGCACCCGAACAUCCAUACCCACUUCCCUUGAACGACUGCUGGGCUGCGCUUCGAUGGGUGUAUGAUAAUGCAGCUUCGCUAUCCAUCGAUCCUGCUCGUAUUGCGCUGAUGGGCGAAAGUGCAGGAGGAGGAUUGGUUGCGGCGUUGACGCUUAAAGCUCGCGAUGCGGCUCUAUCUCCUCCAAUUGCGAAGCAGAUCUUGAUCUACCCCAUGCUGGACGACCGGACAAUUACCAAUAAUGCCGGGGACCUGGCGUUUUGGACGGAGAUUGACAAUAUCACUGGUUGGACGGCAUAUCUUGGUCCCGAUGCAGGAACGGACAAGAUUGAGGCGUAUGCUGCACCGGCGCGGGUAGAGAGCGUGGUGGGACUUCCUCCAUUGUAUCUAGAUUGUCCACAGCUGGAUAUUUUUGUGUAUGAGGGACUGGAAUAUGUGCGCAGAUUUGUGGCGGCAGAUAUUCCCACUGAAUGCCAUAUUUAUCCUGGUCUUCCACAUGGAUUUGAGGCAUUUGCGCCGUUGGCUGGUGUGACACAGCAGGCUAUUGCCAAUCGGGAUAGGGCUAUGACCAGCUUUUGA